UAGCUCAGUGAAGAAGACGCCAACUUCAGCUCCGAUUCCACGCUCUUGUACACUCGCCGGUGAAAAUCGCCACCUUUUCUUGCGGUUUUAGUUACUGUUUCCGAUACGACGGCGUUUUGUGUUGAUUUCAUCGACCUGAAGGACAAGCGAGUUCCAGUAGCGGUUUUUCCAUCGCCGGAGCACCGCUCGGAUGCAUUGCCGGCGCUCUGCGAGGCCGGAGAGGUGACCGAUGGGCUGCGUUCUCGGCACCGAAUCCGGAGGCGGUCGCCGGCGAUCCAGGCGCCGCCGUGGAAAGGUCGAGGAGCCGCCUCCCUCGGCCGCCAACGCCGUCGAGGUCAGAGUCAGGAAGGACGCCACCGAGCGGCAGAGGACCAGGAGAACCGGCGAUGUUCUGGCGACUGAGCACCGGAAACCUAGGCUGCCGGAUUCGUUCCUGGCUAACCAGCAGCAAGGUUGGCCUCCGUGGCUUUUAGCCGCCGCCGGCGACGCGAUCCAAGGCUGGACUCCUCGUCGCGCCAACAGCUUCGAGAGGCUCGCGAAGAUUGGGCAAGGGACUUAUAGCAAUGUGUAUAAAGCUAGGGAUCUGAUUAACGGCAAAAUAGUGGCUUUAAAGAAGGUUAGAUUUGAUAAUCUGGAGCCAGAGAGUGUGAAAUUCAUGGCGAGAGAGAUUCUAGUUCUGAGAAAGCUUGAUCAUCCCAAUGUGCUUAAGCUCGAAGGCUUAGCCACCUCAAGAAUGUCUUGCAGUCUUUACUUGGUUUUCGAGUACAUGGAACACGAUCUCGCCGGCCUCGCCGCUCGCUCUGGUGUCAAAUUCACUGAAGCUCAGAUCAAAUGUUAUAUAAAGCAGUUGCUGUCGGGGCUCGAGCAUUGCCACAACAAUGGAGUUUUGCACCGGGAUAUCAAGGGUUCCAAUCUGCUCCUUAACAAUGAAGGGAUCUUAAAAAUAGCUGAUUUUGGGCUGGCUACUUUUUAUGAUCCUAACCACAAGCAACCCAUGACUAGUCGUGUCGUCACCCUUUGGUACCGCCCCCCUGAACUUCUUCUUGGGGCCACAAUCUAUGGUGUUGGUGUUGAUCUUUGGAGUGCCGGCUGUAUCUUGGCAGAGUUACUUGCUGGGAAGCCAAUUAUGCCGGGACGGACGGAGGUUGAACAACUGCACAAGAUAUUUAAGUUAUGUGGCUCCCCAUCUGAGGAAUACUGGAAGAAAUAUAGAUUGCCAAAUGCAACACUUUUUAAGCCACAACAACCAUACAAGCGGUGUGUAGCAGAAACAUUCAAAGAUUUUCCUCUUCAUUCGCUACCUCUAAUUGAAUCUCUUCUUUCAAUAGACGCUGAUGGACGAGGCACUGCAACUGCUGCUCUAGAAAGUGAAUUCUUUACCACUGAACCUUAUCCUUGUGAGCCAUCAAGUUUACCUAAAUAUCCUCCCAGCAAAGAACUGGAUGUAAAAUUACGUGAAGAAGAAGCUAGAAGGCAAAGAGGUCUAACCGGGAAAUCUAGUGUUGUUGAUGGUGCCAAAAAAGUUAAGGCUCGUGAUCGUGUUGGUCGGGCAAUUCCAGCCCCAGAAGCCAAUGCAGAGAUUCAAGCAAACUUAGAUAGGUGGAGAGUUGUGACACAAACAAACACAAAGAGCAAGAGUGAGAAAUUCCCGCCUCCCCAUCAGGAUGGAGCAGUUGGACACCCACAAGAAACAUCGAACAAAUUCCCUUUGUCCUUCGGCCCAGCCGAUGCUUCUUUUGGCUCGGCAGUGUUCAAUUCGAGGUCAUCAGUAUCUGUCAAGAGCAUGGGGGCUGCUGGGGGGGCCUCUUCAAGGAAGAAAACUAGCAGAGAGGAUCCCCGGAUGGCCCCGUCGCACAAGUUCAUCCGUGGAUUCAAGCCUUCCUCUGUAGGGAUAUCGACAAAUCUAUUUUUCAAGAGUAAAUAAUAAUCUUAAGGUGUUCUUUUUAGCUGGUCGAAUAAUAGAGGAAAAGAGAGAGAGAAAGGAGUAUUAUUUGUCAAAGAGUUUUCCCUUCUUUGGUCAAGCCGUGUUUGGUUUUCAGAAUGCUAUCUUUUUGCUCGUCAUUGUGCCCAUUAUUUUUUGUACUUGUAACGUUGUGAUUGUUUUGUUGUAUAAUCCACGUGACGAGAUCCCACAAGGACUCGGUGUAUAUUCAGUUAUAAUGGAGUCUCACUUAUGUGUACAAUUUUUGGAGGCAAGUGCAAUGUUCUAUGGAAUCUCUGUCAAAGAAGUACUCUUUAUAUGGUGAAACGAACGUACCUCAGGUUGAUCAAUCUUUCAGUCACUGCGGUCUGAAAGCGUGGUUUUCCCAUAUCAAAUGCCACACUUUGCUAGUGAAUCGCUGCAAGUUAAAAAGUUGGUCCAAACAACAUUAACAGAGCUAUUGUUCUCCCAAUACACGUGUAUAUUUAUACGAUAAUUCUAUGGUAGU